AUGGCUUUGAUGAAUAGUGAUCAUCCAGUGGGAUUUUUCUUUGAAUAUAAAACAGUCAAAUAUGUGGUUGCACAGAAUAAGAAAGUUGGAAUGUUAUACAGAAUCUUUCAACUCAUCAUCAUCGGAUAUCUAAUCGGGUGGGUAUUUGUUACAAAAAAACGCUACCAGGUAACAGAUGAAACAAUUUUGAGUUCUGUGGUAACUAAGGUUAAAGGAGUUGCACUCAUCAAAACAGCAGGAUCUGAUCAUAAGCUCUGGGGGCCCGAAGACUAUGUUAUCCCGCAACAGGCUGAAAAUCGUCUUUUUAUAACAACCAAUUUUAUAGAGACCAGAAACCAAAGACUAGGCAACUGUUCAGAGAAUCCUAAGGUACUGGAUGGCAUUUGCACUCAGAAUGAAGACUGUACACAGGGAAAGGCUGUUGUGGCUGGCAAUGGAAUUAAGACAGGCAUAUGUCUGAAAAACAAAGACAAUUCAAGCACUUGUGAAAUUUAUGGUUGGUGUCCCGUUGAAACAAGACAACCACAAGAAGAGCCCUUGUUGAAAGCUGAAGACUUCACCUUGUACAUAAAGAACUUCAUCAGGUUUUCCAAGUUCGACUUCUUCAAAUCAAAUGUUGACAAUAUCAGUGCAGCAUAUUUAAAAAACUGCACACAUGACAUGACACUUCACCCAACUUGUCCUAUAUUUCGUCUGGGUGAUAUUGUGGAGAAAGCAGGACAAUGCUUUCAUGAUAUAGCCAAGAAGGGUGGUUCAAUUGGCAUUCUGAUUGAGUGGCAAUGUGACCUUGAUAAAGAUUAUUCAGCGUGCAAUCCUCACUACAGCUUUAUACGUCUGGACUCCAACAUGUCAGCCAAUGCAGGAUAUAACUUCAGAUAUGUACGCCAUGUCAAUAAUGCUAAUGGGGAGAUCCACAGAACACUUUAUAAAGUAUUUGGAAUUCAUAUUGACAUCAUAGUUUUUGGAACGGUAGGAAAGUUCAGUAUAAUUCCUACAAUGAUCAAUAUAGCCUCAGGUCUUGCUUUAAUGGGUGCUGGAGCUUAUGUCUGUGACAUAGUACUUCUGUACAUGAUGAAGAAGAGAACACUUUACAGAGGGUCGAAAUUUGAGAGAGUAACAAUAAAUGGCAACAGCUCAGAGGCGCCAACAGGUCUGCAAAAACGGCUGAAUCAAGCCUGUUUUGACUAG